AUGGCUCCAUCACAGCCAUCUCGAUCGCUAAAGUCGAUCCUCAAGAAAAAGUCCUCGGAUAGUGCAUCGCGAGAUUCGAAUGCUGCUUCAGAGUCUCUGUUUUCUUCUUCCAAGAAGGACAAGCGAAGGAUUAAACAUGCACAGCUGAUGCACAAGAUCACAAAAUCCUCCACGACUAAGCCGCGAAGGAGACGACCUAACAAGAAGUUGAUCACGACACUUGAUGCACUAGCCGACGCACUACCAGAUGAUGACGAUGAAACUUCUGGAACCGCUACGGCAGGGUCGAGACCGCAAGACCAGAUCAAUGUGAUUAAGCGAAAAAGCCUGAAGUCCAAACCCGGUGCAAUGAAGAGGAGAGAAAAGCUUGACAAGAGCGAGAGGGAUAGAUUCGCAAAAAAUAUGGCCCAGCUUACUCCAGCGAGCACGAAGGAUGCUGGUGGUGUCAACAACAAUAAUGCCACAAGUUCAACCCAGCCUGCAUCGCAGUCUGCUCCUUCUACAAGCCAAAGGUGGGCUGCACUCCGAAGUUUUAUCUCGCAAACUCUUGAGACAAAGGCCGAGUUGGCGGCUCUAAAGACAUGA